AUGACACAAAAGAAUGUAAGAAAGAGAGUCGAGCUAUCGUUCAAGAUUCCUAGUCUACCUGAGAACGAACGUCUCCGAUUAGCUGAGUUCCGGUGCAGACGCUCUGUAUCUCCUUUAAAGAAGUACAGGGUCAAGGUCAUCAUUCGCAAGGGAGAGAAUAUCGCACGAAAAGCUAACAUCAGCGUCAAACCUAUUACACAGGGUGAAUAUUAUGUAUUUGACAUCAGUCGAGCCAUUAAUACCUUCAUCAACGGUUACCACGGUGACGCCACCAUUCAUGUGGAAAUACCACGGACAUUCUCCAGAACUCUUUUGAAAACAGCAUCCGAAACUUAUGGAUACUUACUUGUAUUUUAUUUGGAAAAUCGCCACUUUCUUCAAAACCUUUUGGAAACCUACAAAGUCGAAGAGCAUUCCACUUUUGAUGGAUUAGGUAAUAUAGCAUCACGCGCUAAAAGAUCAGCACAUGCCACAAGCAGACGUCGAGAUCGCAAGAACAGACGAUGGAACAAGUCAGGGAAGAAACAAGGCUGUCGUCUGUACGACUUUAACGUGGACUUCAAGACGAUCGGCUGGGGACAGUGGAUCAUCCACCCGACACGCUUCAACUCCAAAUUCUGCCACGGAAACUGUCCCUCCCCCAUCGACAUCCGAUUCAAACCCACCAAUCACGCCAUGCUGCAGUCACUCAUGAGAAGCAAGCGCUCCAACGCCGCUCCCGACCUGUGUUGUGUCCCAACCAAACUGGAACCUCUCAGCAUGAUGUACGUGGAGGAUGGCGAAGUUGUUGUACGUCAUCACGAGGACGUGAUCGCCUCUGAAUGUGGAUGUCGAUGA